CUGACACAUGCACCCGAUUAUUAUUUUCUUACUUACGGUAUAUAUAUAUAAAACACAAUUGUAGGUAUUAAAGCGUAGCACCGGAUGUAAUCUUCAGUCCCCCCGGAUGCGUCGUCCUGCGUCACUCAAAGCAGAGACCGCCGUUCGACCACAACGGGAAUGAGCCAUGAUGGGGCAGUAACUAAUGUCGUGUUUUUACUAACGGUAUAGGACAUGUACUGAUAGAAGUGGACUUAUAUCGAAUUUCGCAGGAACGGUACACUAUUCCAAGAUACAAUAAUGUCUGCCGACGAUUUUCAGACGAAAUACUCCUCCGUCAUGGAGGGUAUGCUAAAGGGUGCAAUCGCAGAGACUACGAAACUUUUCGAAACUAUGGUCGACGAGCUGAAGGUCGAAAUAUCCAAGAUGAAAGCGGAGAACGAGGAACUCAAAACAAGAUGCUGGCAGUUUGAGAUUGAAAGAAAUCAACGAACUGUUUUUAUCGUUUCCGGAGAAAGUGAGCCUCCUCCAGGGCCCAGCGACGGCUCUGAGAAACGUGAUCAAGCUAUUCAAUGCGAUAUUGUUCCUUCCCGAAUUAUGCUGGUGGAGCAAUGUCCACCUGUGAAUCAUCAGGAGAUUGAGAACACUCUGCACGACCACAACUAUGAGGGAACUACUCAAAUGGCCUUUAUAGUUGUCAAACAGGAGGAUUCCUAUGAUUCUAAGUCGCAUUCCGUCGUUAAGCAAGAGGAAGUGGAGCAAAUGGUUGUCUGCGGGCAAGUUUCAGGUGAUCAACCAGAUUCACCCCAGGCCUCUGCUUGUGCAACUGAAAUUGGAGGGCGUCUCGUUAACCAGGAAAGUUCAACUGGAGAAAUGCCCACGCCCCAAGAAGAGACCCCAGUAGCCCUAGAACAACCCUGUUUGGGAAGUAAUGGUGGUCUACAAGGAGCUCAGAACCAAUUGCCUGAAUUGGUGACUUCAAUAGUCUUCUCACUUGCUUCCAUAAACAACAACAUAGAAGAAGAUUCUGAAGUAAGUCAAAACAUAUCAGCAACGCAGGGAGAACUCGUAAAAACUGGAAAGCCCCAAUCGGUGGUUGCUCAUAAUGAAUCAGAGGUUGAACCUCUUCAAGAAGAGCAACCAUUAGUGGUCAACGUACAAUGUCCAAAGGAGAGCAAAAUAACAGUAAAUGAACAGGCUGAUGUUACUCCUAAAACUACAGGGAAACAAAUACGUGCACCACGUAAACAACUCAAUAAAGGAAAAGCAUUUGAAGAAUCAAAAAGUGGCGACGCUGAGGGUAGUUCCCAGCCUGAGUUGCCAGUGCCACGUAGAAGAGGACGGCCGCCAAAGCAAGCCAAAAAUCAGCAACAGCCUAUGAAAGAAAAUGGUUCUCCGACUUUUUCAGUACCAUCUGUAGGUACAAGAUGUUCCUCUAGAAAGGGUAAAACCUCUAAACCUCAACAACUCUCCAUGGAAAAUGAAAAAAUAUUGAUUCAAACUCCAUCCACUGAAUCUUUAUCUUCAAUUGAAACAUUAAACCCUCCUGAAGAUCAGCCCAGAGAACGUUGUAGCUCUGUAACUCUUCAGGAUGCAAUGCUAUUAGUUGAAGCUAUGAAUCAGUCAACAGUGGAUGUGGCAGCACCCGCUAAGACCCAGAGUGCUUCUCUUGUGGGCAUCCUACAAACUGUGGACGAGGUCGCAGCAGAGCAACAGACACCACCGCUUUCUGUUGAAACAUGUAAAGCUGCAUGCAAGCUGGCUGUUACCGAGCUCUCCACAAAGGACCAAUCGACAAUAGAGAAACACAAUGACUCUCCUGUGAAUUCUGAUAUAACUCCGACCAAUGAGCUUCAGUCCAACAUCAACUUUGUCCUACCAAAACAACAACAUAAAGUAAUUCCAUCUAAACCUACUAUAUCUUCAAUUCCCUUAACACAUGUUGAGGUUCAAAGCAUUAUGCGGGCACUUCAACAGCAAUCUUCUGCUUCUCCGGUAACAUCAGUAGCAACCAGCAAAAGGAUCAAGUCAGUCUCUCGUAAAAUAAUUGCCAUACCAAGAUCAUUAUCCUUCUUAAAACCUCCUAAAAUAGGAGCACCAUCUCCCUCCCAGCCUCCUACUGUUGUGUCAACAGUUGUUGCUGCACAGAAGAAGAGUAUACUUCCAGACUCCUUAACUGCCGGCUUGCUUCUCGGAACCCCUUUUAAAGCCUCUCUUCCUCAGACAACAGUAGACCCUGCGUCCGUGAAAUUGGUUUCUGCUGACCCUUCACAGUCAACCACAACCGCAAAAGACUCAUUGUCAGGGCCAACACAACAACCUCAAGUCACAAUAAUAAUUCCAAGAGAAGUGUCAAGGCUGCUUCAUUCACAGACCAUCAUUCCGAAAACCAAGCAAGAUACAGCCAAAUCAGAUGCUCUUGUUACACUGUCAUCGCCCAAUUUGAUUUCACCUUCACAUGAGUUAAGGAUUAUUGUGAAUCCACAAAUUGCUUCAGAGGAAGACACCAACGUGUUGUUUCAAAACAAGAGUGAAACAUCGGAACCUAUUUUAGAAUAUCCCCAACAAAUAGACUCCGUUUCUGAGCUAAUAAAAGCACCUACAGAAAACAUUCCCAGUUUAAACGCAUCAGAGGAGCCAGUGCCUACCUCUGUGCCUCCAGUGAUAAUGCAAACUGUUGCACAGAAACUCUCUGCCGUGGUCAGAUUAACCAGGCUCUCAUUUCCAAUAUCAGCCAAAGAAGCAGUGAAAGUCUCUAGACUGCCUACAGAUGGAUCUUCUGAAAACUUGAAGGAAGGUAUCACAAAAGAGAAACCAUCAUCUGUGGUUAUGUCAACGAAGCCAUCAAAGACGCUUGUGUCAUCCACUGAGUUAUGUCCUGGAUUAAAAGAAACUCCUGUUCUUCUGCCUGUGAAUAUCUCUCAGAUGGCAGAAAAGCCCAAAGGUAUUCAAGAGAAGGCAUCAUUAUCCUCUGAAGGCAGAACACCUUCCGAGGUGUCAACACCAGACUUUGAGAACUCAACAUUGGCCCCCAACACAACACCUACAGAAAAUAAAUCAUCGGCUGACAUCAUGCAUCUAACUCCAAUCGCCACCGAGGACAUGUCAACUCCUCAUUCAUGGAUGACUAAAGCCCAGUUCCUUGCACAGCUGGCAGUGACACCUGUUACGAAAGACCCAACAAAGGCUUCCUCUGAGGACUCCCUGGAUGCCACAGCUUCCUCUGAAGACACCAUAAUUGGUGACAAGAAAAGGUUCCACAAAAAAUCUAUUUUGGACAAGCUCCAAAGUCAUCUCAAAACUCGCUUGCAAACUCAAAGAUCUAAAAUUAAUCCAUGCAAAGAAACAGAAACCAGCGCUAUAAGGCCUAUAAAUCUUAGAUCAAAAAAUGACAGUCCAGCCAAUAAAAACACAACAAAAAAAUCAAUUUUCCUGAUGCCAAAAGACUCAGGAUUGGUUAAAGAUGUUACAUCUCCAGCCAGGAAAUCUGUUUACCCUGUUCCUUGUAUUCCCAGGAGAUCUGGACAAUCUGGAGCUAGUGUUGGAUCCAAGAGGACUUUUAGUGAUCCACUGGUCAGUUCUAAGAGGUUUAAGGCUACUAGAGAGUCCACUCCUUUGACUCGCCGGUCUACAGGGGUAGAUGUUGGCUCCACAACUAAAAAAUCCACUUCUCUGAGUCCUAGGAUGUCUAGCUUUACUAAACAAAGUGCUAGCUCUAAAACGGAUAAAUCAACUUCCAUGGGUCCUAGAAAAUCUAUAUCAAUUAAAGAAAGUGCUAGCCCUAAAAACAGAAAAUCAACUUCUGUCAGCCCUAGGAAGUCUAGCUUAAGUAAACAAAGUGCUAGCUCUAAAACGGAUAAAUCCACUUCCAUGGGUCCUAAAAAAUCUAUCUCAAUGAAAGAAAGUGCUAGCCCUAAAAUCAGAAAAUCAACUUCUGUCAGCCCUAGGAAGUCUAGCUUAAGUAAACAAAGUGCUAGCUCUAAAACGGAUAAAUCCACUUCCCUGAGUCCUAGAAAAUCUAUCUCAAUUAAAGAAAGUGCUACCCCUAAAAAGACAAGAUCCACUUCUGCAAGUCCUAUAAAGGGUAGCUCACCUAAUGAAAGUGUUGGCUCAAAAAAGACUGACAGCAUUUCUGUGCGUCCUGGGAGGAUUAGUUCAACUAGAGAUGGCGCUAGCAAUAAAAGUUCUGAAACCACUUCUGUGGACCCAAAGAGGACUACUUUAAAUAAAACUGGCACUAGCCCUCAAAUUAUCUUGAAGGAGUCGCCUUCUUUCUGCCGUAGAAAAUGUACCUUACCUAAAGAUGUUACUACCAGUGCACAGAUUCAAGGGGAAACCAAUUCCUUCAGUCCUGGGUAUAAAAUAACUAUAACAGACGAGGCUAGUACUAAAGAGGUUAAGUUGAACCCUGGUUCCCCAAGUAUUAGGUGGCCUAAAUUGGCUAAAGGUUGUGUCAGUCCUAGAAAGACAAGGGAAUCUACUCCUGCAAAAAAAAAAAGAUUAAGUCCAGAUGUUACUGGUCCUAAAAAAAAAUUAAGAGUGGUGAAUGCCAACAAGUUGGCUAAAGCAGCAAAAGCCAAAACAAUGGCAAAAAUUAGAAGUUCCAGUCAAUCCAAGUUGCAGAAUGGAGCUAAAACAAGCCAGUCAGCAGAGAACAGUGACACUGGGAAAAGAAUUACAGCUAAAGCCACCUGGACUCCUCCCAGAUUAUCAGACGAAAAAACACCUCCUGCUGUGGAGAAGAAAGAGACAAAAUCACCCAAAUCCCAGAAUCAACCGCUAGUUUUCCCUCCAAGUGUUUCUCUCUUCCCUAUACCUGUCAGAGGACCUACUGUUAUGUCACCAUUACAGCCUUUAUCAGUCAUUGGUAGGCGUCUGCUCAAGAACCAGUGUGGGCAGUGCGGCCGUGUCCUCAGCAGCGUUGCAGCCCUAGAAAGCCAUGUUCGUCUCCACACUGGGCACCGACCCUUCUCGUGCACGCUCUGUGGGAAGGGCUUCCCAGACUCGAAAUGUCUCAAACGCCAUGCACGGGUUCACCGCAAUGGUAGGAUCCAUGUCUGCCCACAGUGCGGGAAGGGAUUUGUCUAUAGUUUCGGCCUCACCAAACACCUCAAGAUGGUGCACAGGAGGAUCAAGCCUUUUGUUUGCCAGAUCUGCAACAAAGGGUUCUUCACAAAACGAGAUGUGGAAGCCCACCUACGGAUGCACACUGGAGAGAAACCAUUUCAUUGCAACCUCUGUGAAAAGAAAUUUGCAAGGAGGGUAGAACUUAAUAUGCAUUUAAGGUGGCAUAAUGGGGAGAAGAGACACUGGUGUUCAUACUGUGGGAAAGGAUUUCUAGACUCCAAUAACCUGAAAAGGCAUAAGUAUAUUCACACAGGGGAGAAACCACAUGCCUGUCCUCACUGUGAUAAGUGUUUCAAGCAGUCAGGCCACCUGAAAAAGCAUGUCAAAAAUGUUCAUAAAAUCCCAUGAGAGAUGGACAUCCAAUAUGCCACCCUUUUCUUCUGAGGAUGUUAUUGGCUUUAAGAAGGCUUCAAUAUCACUUCAUUUAAGGAGAUAAGCUCUUUUACAUUCUUACCAAGAGUUCAUUUGAGUUUAGUUAAAAAUAUUUCAACAAAUAAUUUCCUUUCAAUUUUGUGAAAGUACAAGUGAUAUCAUCCUUACUUGCAAGCUCACAUUAAAACAUUGGGGCUGCAUUCGAAAUAACAUACUUUAUUCAUGAAUCCGCUAUGCAAAGGAUUGUGGCUGAGAAUAGCCAGAGAAGCAUUGCUGCAAAAGCAACUGGACAUUUUUAAAAACCUUAAUUUUAAGUAUUCUCACAGCAGAUAUGUUCAAAUCGCUUGAUGUUGUAAUAUCACUUGAUUUUUUUUAAAAUUAUUUAUUCAUUUUUCUUAUUUUAAUUGCUAGCAAACAUAAAAUUACGGAACUAUUACAUAAAGACUGGUUUUCCAUUUUCUUUGUGAACAUUUUGUAAAUACCAAAAAAGGCAAUUGUAAGUAUUUUAUCUGCUAGAUUUUGAUUCUUUAUAUUGUUUCUUUCUUUUAUUGCCUUGAUUUUGACGACUGUUACAAAAAAAAAUCGAUAUGGGUUAACAUUGUACUGCUUGGGCAAUAAUGUAACACCUACGACAACAAUUUAAAAUUGUGCUUUCACACUGGACAAGAAACCAAUGAAGCCAUCCCUGAAAAAGACAAUGAAUGUACGGCCAUUGUUUUUAUACAGCUCGGUAUGACCACACAUAUUUCUCUUGAGGUGAAACGAUUUAUUUUUUCAAAUGUUCUGUAUGGUCUUAACACGCCAAAAGAGGAUGUGUCCAUUUCCCACAAACAUCAGAGCACUGUAACACGACUUAAGCGUUUAUCUCUGUCCAUUAGAGUCUAAACAAAACUUUUUCUUUCAAGUGUUUCAAACAUUGUUUACGAAAAAAUACUGAUUUAAUGUCGUAUUUUUGCGGAAUUCUCCUUUUUUGAUUUUCUUAUAUUGCCAUUGUGUCGCACACUGUUUUAUUUUACAAGGGACAGAUUUCAUGUUACAUCUUUUGUACAUGUAUUUUUCUGCCUGCAUUACAUUUUCUGAAAGUGGAUACUACCCCUUGAACAACUCCCUGACAACAAUGGCCAGCCUUCCUUUGAGAAUUCUAAACCUUUAGUUUUAAUUCAUUUGAUUACUAUGUAUAUUUCCUUGGUGUGUUGUUUUUUGUGUCAUUGAGAAAGCAGAUAAUAAAUAUAGGUGUCAUACUAAA